GCAUCUUUAAAAGCCAACUAGCAGCUGACUUUGAAACAGAAGGUCAACCAAAGGAGCAGAGACUUUGCUUCAGAAGUUUAAUGAGAGCAAUUGAUCAUAGAAAAGGGGCUUUACAGAACUAUCUGGAGUGUUACAAACAGGCCAAAAAGUCAUCAUCAUCUUUUGAAGCUUUUGUGUGUAUAGAUAUAUACUCUUUGCUCUGUUGGUUUCAAGAUGAAUGUUCAGCCGUGUGCUAGAUGUGGCUUUGGGGUUUACCCUGCUGAGAAGAUUAACUGUAUAGAUCAGACAUGGCACAAAGCCUGUUUUCAUUGUGAAAUCUGCAAAAUGAAGCUAACAGUAAAUAACUUUGUUAGCCACCAGAAGAAGCCUUACUGUCAAGCACAUAACCCAAAAAACAACACAUUCACAAGCGUAUUUGAGACACCAAUAAAUUUAAAUGUGAAAAAACAAUCUGAAGCAGUAAGCGAGGGUAAAUAUCGAGAAGAAGGGGAACGAUUCAAAUCUGUUUUCCAGUGGGAUAUGAACUGCAGAGAGGUGGAAGCCGCGUGUAAAGUUCAGCAGCUGGCCAGUCAGAAAACCUAUCAAGCGGCAUAUGGGGAGGGCAAGACCUGGUAUUCUGGAGCCAUUCCAGAUCCUGCAAUGGUCAGGAUAGCUCAGUCGCAGAAGACUCUCAGUGAUGUGAAAUACACAGAAGAUUAUGAGCAACAGAAGGGAAAAGGCAGCUUUCCAGCCAUGAUCACUCCAGCUUACCAGAUUGCUAAGAAAGCCACUCAGCUAAGCAGUGAUGUAGAGUAUAAGCGUGGACAUGAAGAAAGGGUCUCCAAGUUCACCUCUGUUGUAGACACUCCUGAUAUACUACAUGCAAAAGUUGGAGGGCAGCUUACAAGUGAUUUAAAAUACACAGAAGAUUAUGAACAACAGAGAGGGAAAGGGAGCUUCCCUGCUAUGAUCACCCCAGCUUAUCAAAUAGCGAAGAGAGCUAAUGAGUUAGCCAGUGAUGUGAGGUAUCAUCAAAGGUAUGAAAAAGAGAUGAGGGGAAAAGCCAGCCAAGGAGUUGGAACAGAUGCUGCUUUCACAAGAGAAAACGUGGAUCAGUUUAGUCAGGAUUAUAUGGGUGAAUAUGAAGAGCACAGGGGGAAAGGAAGCUUUCCUGCUAUGAUCACGCCAGCUUACCAAAAUGCCAAGAAAGCAAAUGAAUUGGCAAGUGAUAUAAAAUACAAGAAGGAUCUUUCAAAGAUGAAAGGAGCAGCACACUACCAUUCCCUUUCGGCCGAAGAUAACCUAGUUCUUAAGCGAGCCCAGAAUGUUAACAAGCUUGCCAGUGAGGUGGAGUAUAAGAAGGACCUGGAAAACAGUAAGGGCCACAGUAUUAACUACUGUGAGACUCCGCAGUUCAAGAAUGUGAGCAAGAUCUCAAAAUACACCAGUGAUCUUAAAUACAAAGAAACCUACCAGAACCAGAUGAAGGGUCAUUAUGAAGGCAUUGGCAUGGACAGGCGCAUGCUACAUGCCAUGAAGGUUGGCAGCUUGGCAAGCAAUAUAGCCUAUAAAUCUGAUUACAAACACGAUGGCGUUGAAUACAAUUAUCCGGCAAUGCUAACUCCUUCCUAUCAGACAACAAUGAAGUUGGUUCCUUUGAAAGAUGUAAACUACAGACAAAGCAUAGACAAGCUGAAGUACAGCUCUGUUUCCAGCACCCCACAAAUGGCUCAAGCCAAAAUAAAUGCACAGCAGCUCAGUAACCUGAAUUACAGAGCCCAGUAUGAGAAGACCAAAACACAUUACACUCUACCACAAGACGUACCUCAGUUAAUCAAGGCAAAAGCCAAUGCUGAACUAUAUAGCGAGGUUAAGUACAAAGAAGGUUGGGAGAAGAGCAAGGGCCAUGGAUUUGAAAUGAAACUGGACUCCAUGCCUUUACUUGCUGCCAAAGCCUCAGGAGAUCUUGCCAGUGAUAUUAAAUACAAAGAAGAAUAUGAAAAAACAAAAGGCAAAGCAAUUGGAACCAAAGAUUCAAGACUUCUUCACUCUCUGCAGGUGUCUAAGAUGAGUAGUGAGAUUGCUUACAAAAAAGAUUUCGAGGAGAGUAAGGCCCACUUCUACUUGCCCAUGGACAUGGUAAACAUAAAGCAUGCUAAGGCUGCUCAGGCUUUGGCCAGUGACCUUGACUAUAGGAGGAAACUCCACGAGUAUACAGUGGUUCCAGAAGACAUGAAGACAACAUGGGCCAAGAAGGCAUAUGGGCUUCAGAGUGAUCUUCAGUACAAGGCUGAUCUGACGUGGAUGAAAGGAGUUGGGUGGAUAACAGAAGGGAGUCUCAAUAUCGAGCAAGCCAAAAAGGCCGGAGAUCUUGUUAGCGAGAAAAAGUACAGACAGAAAGCUGAUGCUCUGAAGUUCACCAGUGUGGCUGACAGUUCCCAGAUCAAACAUGCAAAGAAAAGCCAGGAACUGCAGAGUGAUGUGAGUCCCCAUUUUGGGAAAGAGCAGUACCUUCAUCAUUACACCAUCAGCAAAGAUGAACCUCUCUUCAUACAAGCCAGGACAAAUGCUGCAAAUAUUAGUCAGAACCUGUACAAGAGUAGCUGGGAGAAACAGAAGGAGAAAGGAUUUGAACUUCGUCUUGAUGCAUUGUCUUUCUUGACAGCUAAAGCAAAGAGGGAUCUGGCAAGUGAUAUAAAGUAUAAGGAAAGUUAUGAGAAGGACAAGGGUAAAUUGAUUGGAGUGAAAGGUGUAAAGGAAGACUCACAGAUGGCUCAUUCCUUUCAAAUGUCCAAGUUACAGAGUGACCUGGAGUACAGAAAGGCAUUUGAGGACGUAAAGACUCAGUAUCACAUCUCCAUGGAUAUGAUCAAUCUUGUGCAUGCCAGAAAGGCUCAGAAUUUGGCCACAGACAGAGGAUAUAAGACAAUGCUGCAUCAUUACACUGCCUUGCCUACUGACAUGAAGGUGGAAUGGGCUAAAAGGGCCUAUGGCUUGCAAAGUGAUAACCGAUACAGAGCAGAUUUGAACUGGAUGAAAGGAGCUGGAUGGAUAGCCACUGGGUCAUUAAAUGUGGAGCAGGCUAAGAAGGCAGGAGAACUCAUUAGCGAGAAGAAGUACCGUCAGCAUCCAUAUGCUUUGAAGUUUACCAGUAUUAAAGACACUCCUGAGAUGAUCCAGGCUAGAAUUAGUUAUAACCAGGCUGUGGAUAGACUAUACAAAGAGCAUGGAGAGAGCAUAAAACAUCAUUAUACACCUACAGUAGAUCUUCCUGAAGUCCUUCAAGCUAAAUUAAAUGCUAUGAAUAUCAGUGAGAUUCACUACAAGGAAUCUUGGAGCAAGAUGAAAGAUGGUGGAUAUAAAUUGAAAUUGGAUGCUAUUCCUUUCCAGGCAGCAAAAGCUUCAAGUGAAAUCAUAAGUGAUUACAAGUACAAGGAGGCAUUUGAGAAAAUGAAGGGGCAGAUGUUUGGCUCGCGUGGCUUGGAAGGCGAUCUUAACAUUGCCCAUUCGGUGCAUGCCGCUUUGCUACAAAGCGACGUAAAAUACAGGCAAGGUUCUGAGCACAGAAAAGCCCAGUUCCAUCUGCCGCUGGAUAUGAUAAAUUUAGUCCAUGCCAGGAAAGCCCAAGCUUUGGUCAGUGAUCUGGAAUACAGACAGCUGCUUCACCAGUACACUUCCCUGACUGAUGAUUUGAGAUUACAGUGUGCCAAGAAAGCAUCUAAACUACAGAGUGAGAAUUUAUACAGGUCUGACAUGAACUUUAUGAGAGGAGUUGGCUGUAUUACUCCAGGGGCCCUAGAAAUUGAAGGGAAGAAGAAAGCUUCUGAACUCAUCAGCGAGAGUAAAUAUCGUCAGCAGCCACAUUCCUUCAAGUACACAUCGGUGACAGACUCUCCUGGCCUCCUUCAUGCAAAAUUCAGCAAUAUGAUUGCUAAUGAGCGCCUGUAUAAAGCAGCAGGAGAGAACUGUCUGCAUCGCUACACGCUACCCCUCGGUCUACCUGAGUUUACACAGGCACGAAUAAAUGCAGCCAACCUCAGUGACAUAAAAUACAGGGAAUCUUGGCAUAAUCUACGUACUCAAGGCUACAAGCUGACAAUGGAAGCAAUCCCUUUCCAGGCUGCCAAGGCCUCCAGAGAAAUUGCCAGUGAUUAUCAAUACAAGCACACCUUUGUGACUGAGCGAGGGAAGCACAUCGGUGCCAGAAGCAUUCUGGAUGACACCAGGUUGCUGCACUGCUUCCAUGCUGCUAAGUUACAAAGUGAACAAGAGUAUAAGAAAGGGUCCCAGGAAUUCAGGUCUCAUUAUCAUCUGCCCAUGGAUAUGGUGAAUCUAGUCCAUGCUAGGAGGGCCCAAGCCUUAGCAAGUGAUCAAGAUUACAGGAAGAGACUCCAUGAAUAUACUGUGCUCCCAGAAGACAUGAAGAUGCAGUGGGCAAAGAGAGCCCACAUGCUACAGAGCGAGCAUCGCUAUAAAUCCGACCUGAACUUCAUGAAAGGAGUUGGUUGGACGGCUCUGAGAUCUCCGCAGAUAGAAGCUGUGAAGAAGGCUGGCGAGCUCAUCAGCGAGACAAGGUACCGCCAGAAGCCAGACAGCCUGAAGUUCACUGCAGUGGUGGACUCACCGGAUCUGAUCCAUGCCAAGCACAGCUACAUCCAGUGCAGCGAUAGACUGUACAGAUCUGGAGACUCUGAAGCACGGCACAGAUACACCUUGCCUCCCGACCACCCAGAUUUCAUAAGAGCCCGUCUGAAUGCACUUCAUAUCAGUGAUAAAAUGUAUAAAACAUCUUGGGAACAAACAAGGGCAUUUGGCUACGAUUUUAGGUUGGAUGCCAUCCCAUUCCAGACAGCUAAAGCUUCAAGAGACAUCGCCAGCGAUUUCAGGUAUAAAGAAGCCUUCCUGAGGGAUAAAGGCCAACAGGUUGGCUUCCGCAGCGUGAACGAUGACCCCAAAAUGAGACAUGGCAUCAGGGUGGGAAAGCUCCAGAGCGACACCCAGUACAGGAGGGAGUUUGCCCAAAACAGGGCACAGUUCAAGAGUCACAUGAAUCAGCCGGGCUUCCUCCACGCUAAGAAAAGUCAGCAGCUGGCCAGCAACAUUAACUACAAGCAGCCUCUGCACCAAUACACCUGUGAUCCUGAGCAGCUGAAUGUGAAGCAUGCAAAACAGGCGCACAAACUCCAGAGCGAUGUCAAAUACAAGUCGGACCUGAAGUGGAUCAAAGGCAUUGGCUGGACACCCCCAGGCUCUUACAAGGUGGAAAUGGCCAGAAGGGCCGCUGAACUGGCAUACGCUCGGGGAGUUGAACCUCAGGGGGCUUCUGCUCGAUAUGAACUUGGAGCCGUAAGUGCCCUUCUCACCAAACCUCUGAUACAGCACUGUCCCUGAGAAGGGAGCGGGCCGCUCCUUCUGCCUGGUACUGGUGAAAGCUGCCAGACUGAAGUCCUGGGGACUGCAAGGCUACCAAACUGAGCAAUGGGGGCAGUUCAUGCUUCCUCCAAGCAGCCUUAGGACUGUCUCAGCCCUGAUCUAGAAGCAGCCCCAUUAGGGAGGAAAGCAGCAUUCACCCCACACAGUUCAACCUCCUGCAGGGUCCAAGAAGCACCACAGGGAAGGGUUUGAUUCCUCUGUAGGAUGCAGAGAGGGUUUUUCCCCCUCAAUCUUUAGAUGUCUUUAGCUUUAAAGGGAUUUUGGGAUCCCCACAGAGAGCAGAAGCACCUUCUGCACAGCUUCCCUGGUUGUCGUCUUCAGUAUUAGCUUUUGGGAAAUGUGGGCUAAAUUCUUUUCCAUGCACCAGCCAUCAAAUCUGUAACUGCUGGCACAGUCCUGCCUUAGAUGGCCCGGAGUGGGGAGGCAUUUUAGUUUGCUUUCUCUGUUAAUGGGGAACUUGCGCAUACCUCAAGCAACUUGGGGGUGGAUUCGGCUUCGAUCUGCAGAACCACACAACUCAUCCCAUUCAUUUCCAUGGGCAGACCCGUGAUAACUCUGGAGAUGGAUCCUCAGUUGUUAGGGAGGCACAUGACUCUACAUCCAACUUGUGAUAAGUCUCCUUUGCUUCUACUUCUCCUGAUGGCAUAGGGCGUAAAGCAUAUUCAUUUUAGCAGCACUUCUGACCUCAGCAGAGGGUUAUACGGGCAUCAGGAUAACAUUCCUCCUUCUCCAACAUGCCUGUGGUUUGAAUAUCUGUCCAGGACAUGGAAAACCUUGGUUGUAGGCCCCUGCCCUGCUUCUUAAAUAGCCCAGUGGUUAUGGGUUCUUGCCCAGGACCUGCGAGACUUAAAUUCUGUGCCCUCAAAUAGUCAGGGGAGGUGAACUAAAAUGUGGGUUUCUCAGGUAUCUCCUGCCCCCACAUAGGUGCCUUGGCCAUGAGGCUGCUGAGCACAAGAUAGGUGCUAAUGUAAUUUCAAUUAAGUACCAAUUCCUUCCUACUCAUGGUUUUUGGCCAGCUACAUUUUGGGGGGUUUAUGCAGCAUAUCUGUAUAUUCAUAGCGAAGCUGAAUCCCAAUGGGAUGUAAGUGGAGUUAGAUGCUUGUUCAACAGGGACACCUUAGUUGUGUAGGUGCAAAAGGCAUUUAGCCACGUAUGUAAAAUUCAGGCUUACAUGAGAUGAAGCAGAAAAUUGCCGGGUGACUUAGACACCUAAAAACUGUGUAGGAAUCACAGUUAGUAACAGGGAAGGAAAUUUGCUCCAUACUACCAUGGAAAGUCCUUUAUCAGCUACAUCAGAAGUCCCCAAGGAAUAGACAGCAGUAGCAUUAUAAUUGUUGGACUUGGGUGGGGACUGUUACACCCUUAGUCCAACCCCUUCUCCAGAGCUGCAAAGGUCUGAUGCCGACAGCUGCAAGAUGGAAAAUCUCUCAAGUUUCCUAUCCUGGCAUAUCCCACAGCACCACCUAGCCAGGGUGAAUAUGCUCUCGGCAUGGCCCCCAGCCACUAUUAAGCCCUACACUAAGCAUCAACCAAAUGGUCACGUUAAAAGAAACAAAUAUGCAAGUACAAAUGCAAAGUUUCUCUUUGACAAUAAGAAAAAUACAGCCCAGCCCAAGACAAAUAUAAUGCAUCUCCAGCUACAAAGUUGAUGAGAGAAAGGAAUGAUAACGGUAUUUCACGCAUGAAGCAGUGAGCAUCGAUUGUGCGCUAUAUGUUUUAAGUCGCCCACUCGGGAAGCCUUUGGCAACAUCGUCGGUCUAGAAUAAGCAGGUUGCUUGGCUGCUUGCUGCUUACAGAAGGGGCUGAGUUAGGAACGGGCCAGGUUAGCUGUUUGUACCUAUUCAAGGGCAGUGGUUUGGCCCAUGUGCCACAAUAAUGCAUGUUUUGCUUAUUUUGUGUCAGACACUUUUUUUUUAAUUAAUAUUUUUCACAGAACAACCAAACAAUGACAGUGACUUCCUUUUCACUGCCUCUUC